AUGGCAGCUUCAAGGCUAUCUUCCAUGGCAGCCGUCGCCGCUGCCGCGGCGGUCGCCAGUUCAAGCUCCAAGAUGUCGAACCGCGCGUACGCUGAUUCUCCGUUUCGCUUCUAUCCUUUCUCUUCCUCACCCUCUCCUCCUCCUCCACCUUCUCCGGCCGACGAUUCUCCUGCUUCGGAUUCCAAAGCUCCCGCAGAGGAUUCUAGAGGCGGCUUCGAUCACCAAGCUCUAGAGAGGGGCGCGAAAGCCCUCAAGGAAAUCAACAGCUCUCCGUAUCACAAACAGGUGUUUGAAGUAAUGAGAAAGCAGGAAAAGACGCGUAUCGCUGAAUUGGAUGCGGAGAAAGCUCAUUUUGAGGCUAUCCAAGCUCACGCUGAUAUUGAGAAGCAGCAAAAAUGGUCAGAAGAUCAGCGGGAGCUUUACCAACAGCAAGCACAAGCAAAGGCACAAAUGCUGAGAUAUGAAGAUGAGUUGGCUAGGAAAAGAAUGCAGACAGAUCAUGAGGCUCAAAGACGUCACAAUGCCGAAUUGGUUAAGAUGCAAGAGGAGUCAUCCAUACGAAAAGAACAAUCAAGACGAGCAACUGAAGAACAGAUCCAAGCUCAGCAACGGCAAACAGAGAAAGAGAGAGCUGAAAUAGAACGAGAAACUAUAAGAGUCAAGGCCAUGGCUGAGGCUGAAGGCCGAGCUCAUGAGGCUAAAUUGACUGAAGAUCAUAACAGGCGGAUGCUAGUUGAGAAAAUAAAUAGCGAAAAAGAGAAGUGGCUUGCUGCAAUAAAUACGACUUUCACUCAUGUUGAAGAGGGAUUCCGUAUUUUAUUGACUGAUAGGAGUAAGUUGAUUAUGGCUGUGGGUGGAGCUACUGCAUUAGCUGCUGGAGUUUAUACCACAAGGGAAGGGGCCAGAGUUACAUGGGGAUACAUUAAUAGGAUUCUUGGACAGCCAUCGCUCAUCCGUGAAUCAUCAAUGAAAAAAUUUCCUUGGUCAGGGAAGAUUUCAGAAGUUGCAACUAGAGCAUUCAGAUCUGGUACAGCUGCUGAGGGAGUAGCAUCUUCACAAAGUAAAUCUACUUUCAAUAAUAUUGUCUUGCACCCCUCAUUGCAAAGGAGAAUAGAACACCUUGCACGGGCUACAGCUAACACCAAAUCUCAUCAGGCACCAUUUCGUAAUAUGCUAUUUUAUGGGCCUCCUGGCACUGGUAAAACAAUGGUUGCCAGGGAAAUAGCCAGAAAAUCGGGAUUGGAUUAUGCCAUGAUGACCGGAGGAGAUGUUGUACCAUUGGGUGCUCAGGCAGUGACUAAAAUUCAUGAGAUUUUUGACUGGGCCAAAAAAUCCAAGAAGGGCUUAUUGCUUUUCAUUGACGAGGCUGAUGCCUUCUUAUGCGAGCGAAACAGCAUACACAUGAGUGAAGCCCAGCGGAGUGCUUUAAACGCUAUGCUUUUUCGAACAGGAGACCAGUCCCGGGAUGUGGUUCUCGUCCUCGCAACCAACAGGCCAGGGGAUCUUGACAGUGCCAUCACCGACCGCAUAGAUGAAGUCAUUGAAUUCCCUCUUCCCCAGGAGGAAGAGCGUUUCAAAUUGCUGAAGCUGUAUCUGAACAAAUACCUCUCCAGCGAAGGCAGCAGCGACUCCAAGUGGGGAGGAGGUUUGUUUAAGAAGCAACCACAACAAAUCACAGUAAAAGACAUAUCCGAUGAUAUAAUCAGAGAAGCUGCUCGGAAGAGUGAGGGGUUUUCCGGCCGCGAGAUAGCCAAACUCAUGGCUAGCGUGCAGGCGGCCGUUUACGGCAGCCCGGAUUGCGUCCUGCAUCCCCAGCUCUUCAAGGAGAUUGUGGACUAUAAAGUUGCAGAGCAUCAGCAGCGCAUUCAACUUGCAGCUGAAGGUGGAGAGCCUGCAUUCUGCACCAAUUAGCUGCCAAAUUUUUUGCUCAAACUAUAGAGAUCUCUUGCAGAGUUAUUCUUAUCAUCUCAGGCAUAACAAUGUAAAAGUAGAAUCCAAAGUACUUUACUCGAUACUUCAUGAGUAUAUACUUUUAGGAUUCAAAACGUUUCAGUUUUGUGUUUGAAACCCUAUAUUGUAAACAUUUUGUUAGUAAUAAUAAUUGCACGAUUUUGAAUUCUUUGAAAAA